GUGAUGCCGCAAAAAUAGAAAUGUCCAGUCCGAAUGUAUCAGGCACACGGAUAAAUACUGAAAACCCCCUGGAAUCAGUAAAUGAUCCAGUGCCUGGUGUGCAUAUGGAUAUAUGUGAUACCAAACCAAUGGAAAUGUCCAGUCCGAAUGUAUCGGGCUCACGGAUAAACGCUGAUAUCACCUUGGAAUUGGUGAGUGAUCCAGUGCCUAUGGGUUUGUGUGAUACAGAACAAAUAGAAAUAUCCAGUCUGAAUGCAGUCUCCGGAAAAAAUAUUGAUAUCCCCUUGGAAUUGUCAAUUGAGACAACGCCACCUAUAUUGGAAGUCACGGAUAUGAAGUCAAAUGUCGACUGUGCCGAGUCUAAAUCACAUUCCAAUAAUAAACUGGCACCAAGCUUUAAUGCAAAACUAGGAUACAAGACGUCAGCAUCUUCAAACAGUCAAUUUGUACCAAAAAUUUCAAGAGGGCGAAACAAGGAGGUGAAGCCCUAA